CGUCCUUUGUGUUGUAGUCAGACUUCAUACGUUUCAGCUCAGCUGUACCACGCAAGUUUAUCGUACAUAUAACAGCCAUCUCUCUUCACUUAUCAGGUUAUCAGGAUGUCUCACACACAUUCCCAUGAUGGAGGACAUAAUGGCGCGGUGGAUCACGGACACACACACGAGAUUCUCGAUGGACCUGGAAGCUAUAUGGGACGUGAGAUGCCGAUUAUCGAAGGAAGAGACUGGUCUGAACGAGCUUUUACUGUUGGAAUUGGAGGUCCUGUUGGCUCGGGGAAGACGGCUUUAAUGCUUGCUCUUUGCUUGGCGCUACGCGAGAAAUACUCCAUCGCAGCAGUCACAAACGACAUCUUCACACGAGAAGAUGCUGAGUUUCUGACGAAGCACAAGGCACUACCUGCUUCUCGAAUUCGAGCUAUCGAGACCGGCGGAUGCCCCCACGCCGCCGUUCGAGAAGAUAUCUCUGCCAACCUUGCCGCGCUCGAAGACCUGCACCGAGAAUUUACUUCCGAUAUCCUCUUAAUAGAGUCUGGUGGCGACAACUUAGCAGCAAAUUACUCCAGAGAGCUCGCUGAUUACAUCAUCUAUGUGAUUGAUGUUAGUGGUGGUGAUAAGAUUCCAAGAAAGGGCGGACCAGGCAUCACGCAGAGCGAUCUCUUGAUUGUGAACAAGACAGAUCUAGCAGAAGCAGUUGGCGCCGAUCUAGAAGUCAUGGAUCGAGAUGCUAGAAAGAUGAGAGAAGGUGGCCCGACAGUCUUCGCACAAGUCAAGAAAGCAAAGGGUAUGGAUCAUAUUGUUGGUCUCAUCAUUAGCGCGUGGAAAGGAAGUGGUGCCGAAGCUGUUAGCAAGUCGCGAGGCGGACCGAUUGCUACCGCGGGACUGGAAGAGUUAAAGUAGGGGAAGCUCAAACGGUGCUUGAUCAGGGACUAUUUGCUAGAGAUCUCCAAGAAGAUGAAGACAUAGCAUCUUUACCCAGUUUUGCUGUUAGUGCGAGCCCCUAUCGUUUUAAGCUUAAAUUUCGGGCCCAGACAUUGGAAGACAACCAAACUUUCUCCCCCCAUGGAAAUAUAUCUCUCUACUGCGAAAUGGUCAAGUGGCAUGUCGAAACUGAG